AUGGAGAACCAAUCCAGCGUCUCUGAAUUUUUCCUCCGAGGAAUAUCUGAGUUGCCAGAGCAAGAGCAGUUACUCUCUGGAAUUUUCCUGUGUAUGUAUCUUGUCACCUUGACUGGGAACCUGCUCAUCAUCCUGGCCAUUGGCUCCGACGCACACCUCCACACCCCCAUGUACUUCUUCCUGGCCAACCUGUCCUUCGUCGACGUGGGUUUAACCUCCUCCACCGUCACCAAGGCGCUGGUGAACGCACAGACUCGGCACCGUACCAUCUCCUAUUCUGGUUGCCUCACACAGAUGUAUUUCUUUCUGAUGUUUGGUGACCUGGACAGCUUCUUCCUGGCUGUCAUGGCAUAUGACCGAUACGUGGCCAUCUGCCGCCCUCUCCACUACCCCACGAUAAUGAGCCCCCGGGUCUGCGUCCUGCUGCUUGCCUUGUGCUGGGUCCUCACUAACGUAGUUGCCCUGACCCACACCCUGCUCACGGCCCGGCUGUCCUUCUGUGUUGUGGGGGAAAUUGCUCACUUUUUCUGUGACAUAGCUCCUGUCUUGAAGCUCUCGUGUUCCAGCACCCGUGUCAAUGAGCUGAUGGUUUUUGUCUUAGGAGGCACCGUGCUGGUUGUCCCCUUUGUAUGCAUCCUCGUCUCCUAUGUCCACAUUGUACUGGCUGUCCUGAGCGUCCGGACCCCUGGAGGAGGGGGCAAGGCCUUUUCCACCUGCAGCUCCCAUCUCUGUGUUGUCUGUGUGUUCUACGGGACCCUUUUCAGCGCCUACCUGUGCCCUCCCUCUGUUGCCUCUGAAGAGAAGAACGUGGCAGCGGCUGCGAUGUACACGGUAGUGACUCCCAUGCUGAACCCUUUCAUCUACAGCCUCAGGAACAAGGACCUGAAGGCAGCCCUGGAGAGGCUCCAGCCACAGAAGACUUUCUUCCUGGAUAUAGUGAUAGCAAGGACAUGGACUUGGGAUCCCACAAGGGGACUUCAGUUUGGGGAUCUGCCACACACUAGCCAUUAG